UGCCGGGAUUCGAACCCGCGACCUGCGGGUCAGCAGCCGAUGCGCGUCGUCGGCUCGGUGGGUCCGUACGACGCGUACUUGUACGACAGUUCCGAGUACAACAGGAGCUACGCGGACCGGAUGUCGGUGAACGAGCUGCUCGACUGGCACCGGCCCCGCGUGCGGAUCCUGGAGCGCGGCUCUGACCUGCUCGCCUUCGAGACGGCGUUGGCCCUGGUGAAGCUGCUGCGUGAGUUUCCCGGCACCAGGGCGUGGCUCAGCUUCAGCUGCCAGAACGAGCGUCUCACGGUUAAGAGCGAGAACAUCGUGGAUGCCAUGCGCGCAUGCCUCGCCGAGGACUCGGCAAGACAGCUUGCGGCCAUUGGCGUCAGCAGCUGCCAGGCGCACAUGGUGGCGCCACUGCUGUCUGGUGUGUGGAAGAGCGGAAGGCCACCACUGGUCGCUCGGCCAGACGCCGAGUUCCACGAAGUUGGAGUAUUCGGCCAGCCACCCAAAGACCGCGAGAAGCUGUAG